AUGAAGUUCUUUCAAUCCAGGAGGGACAAGAAGCAGUGGGAGUCCCAGUACGAAGACGAAAAGCAAAAGUACAACGACAGUCUUAAUCGAGAAGAUGUCUCCCCAGCACGUGAAGGAGUCUUGGUUGGCGAGCAGGAGCAAGCCGCUAACAUCUUCAGCGAGGGUGGCAAGAAUUACCGAACAAUGGGACGUUGGGACACUGCUCUAGUCCUUGCGUCUAAUCAAGUUGGGUUGGGUAUUCUUUCUUUGCCCAAGAUUCUCGAUGUCUUGGGAAUUGUCCCCUCCGUUAUUACCAUUAUAGGCUUCGGCGUUGUAUCUUGGUACACGGCAUACGAACUCCUUCAGUUCUACCGCAGACACCCGCACGUCGUCAACAUGGUUGAUAUGGCUCGUGUUGUUGGAGGUGUGCCAUUUGAGAUCAUUUUCGGAAUUUGCCUUCUCAUCAAGAUCUGUUUCACAUGCGGGUCGGCCACCAUCACCAUUUCCAUUGCGCUCAAUACACUCUCCAACCACGGGAUGUGCACAGUUGGCUUUGCAGGUAUCGCUGCCAUUGCAUGCUGGUUGCUCUGCUUGCCCCGAAAGUUCAAGUUUGUGGCGCAAGUUGGUCUCCCAUCCACGAUUAGCAUCAUUGCUGCUGUUCUCAUUGUUAUCAUCAGCCUUGGCGUGUCACCACCGCAGAAUGCGCCGCCCGGAUUCGACAAGAACUUGAAGGUUGUUGGAAACCCAUCCUUCUCAGAUGGUGUCAAUGCAGUUCUGAAAGUUUGCUAUGCCUAUGCUGGCAAUGUUGGGUUUGUCUCAUACAUGGCCGAGAUGAAGAAUCCUGGCAAGGAUUUUGUUCCCGCUCUCACCGUCCUGCAAGUAUUUUCCGUCGUCCUCUACGUCGUCAUAGCAGUAGCUAUUUACUGCCUUUCUGGUCAAUACACCACCUCGCCGGCUCUGGGAUCUGCGCCUACCAUCCCAGCGAAAGUUGCCUACGGAAUCGUUCUGCCAGCUAUUCUAUCUACUGGACUGGUGUUUGGCCACACGGCCAUCAAGUACCUCUACGUUGUUGCCAUGCGAGCGAUGAAAUCGACUGAUCAGCUUACCGAUAGAUCGUUCAAAUCUUGGGGCACAUGGAUCGCAUGUGCUACUCUGUUCUGGAUCGUUUCGUUCGUCAUCGCUAACGCAAUUCCCAUUUUCGACUCUAUUUUAUCCAUCGCCUCUGCCACAUUCAUUGCAUGGUUUACCUUUGGCAUCAGCGGCGUGUUUUGGUAUCACCGCAACUGGCAAGAGAGAUUUCACAGGAAGAACAUACCCCUUGCUAUUAUCAACGCGUUGCUUAUUGCUCAGGCUCUGUUUAUGAAUGGCGUUGGGUUGUGGGCGGCGAUUACGCAGUUGAUUGACAUAUUCAACGACAAAGAGAACAAAGUCGGAGGCGUGUUUCCCUGUGCAGAUAACUCAUUGUUUUAA